GCAUCAUCAUCUCACCAGUGGAUCUGUCUCCUCACAAUGGCAUCUGUUGUUUACAGUAGGGCUGCACAUAUUUACAGCAGACUGCAGCCAGUAAAUAUAAUACGCUGGAUUGAAGCGCUCCUCCAUAUGCUGCUGCGUUUGGUCUGAUUUAUCUGCAUCAAACCUCGGCUUUGACCUGCGGAUUCAGCAUCUGUGAGAUGAACGAGCAAACGCUGCUUUAAAACACGAGGAGGGAGGCGGGAGAGAGAGAGAAUAAAGAGUGUUUCCCGAGGAAACUCCUCCUAAUGUAAGACAGAAGGAGCUCGAGGACACAGCGGUGUCGUGAUGUUGGCUGUGUUUCUGCUGCUGCUGGCCUCCGUGGCAUCCGUCCCUCCUCCCUCCAGACCCACGCCCAGAUACUGCCGCAGGUGCUGCGAUCACCUGGACCCGCCCCUGAGCCCCGCCCCCCAGGCUGCAGCCAAUCACAUGCCGGAGAUCCGCACCAUCAUUAACAUGACCAUCCUCAAAGGGGAUAAAGGAGAGCGUGGGGACAGAGGGACGCCUGGUAAAGCCGGAGUGGACGGACCCCUUGGACUCAGAGGUGUGACGGGGCCCAAAGGCAGUAAAGGAGACACCGGGGCCCCCGGAGACCCCUGCAAAAUCCAGCAGUCGUCCUUCUCCGUGGGCCGACGUAAAGCUCUGCACAGCGCUGAUCACUACCAGGCCCUGAUCUUCGACACAGUCUUCGUGAACCCGGGCGAACACUUCAACAUGUUCAAGGGGAAGUUCUACUGCUUCGUCCCAGGAGUCUAUUUCUUCAACGUCAACAUUCACACCUGGAACUUCAAGGAGACGUACCUGCACCUGAUGCACAACGAGCGGCCGCAGGUGAUCCUGUACACACAGCCCAGCGACCGCUCCAUCAUGCAGAGCCAGAGCGUCAUGCUGUCGCUGGAGCUCAACGACGAGGUCUGGGUCCGGCUCUACAAGCGCCAGCGCGACAACGCCAUUUACAGCGACGACGUGGACGUCUACAUCACCUUCAACGGACACCUGGUGGCUCCUAAAGUCUAGGAGCAGGGACCGCAGUAUUUGCACAGAGUGU